AUGCUUGUACGCAGUAAAGUAUGGUGGCCUGGUAUUGACAAGCAAGUGGAGCAAAUGGUUAAAGAAUGUAUACCCUGCCAAGCAGCAGUACACCAGUCACCAAAAUGUCAACCACCCCUGAAUAUGAAAAAGUUACCUCCACAUCCUUGGCACACACUUAAUGCAGAUUUCUGUGGUCCAUUCCCAAAUGGCGAGAAAUUGUUGGUCGUGAUUGACGCCUAUUCCAGAUAUCCAGAAGUUGAAGUGAUGCAAAGCACGAUAACCACGGUUGUGAUCUCCAAACUCCAAAGAAUCUUUGCCCGACAUGGAUAUCCCGAAGAAUUGAUAACCGAUAACGGACCCCCGUUCAAUGUGGUUGAGUUCACCGAAUAUCUAGCUGCACAUGGAGUCCAUCACCGCCGAAUCACACCUUAUUGGCCUCAAGCCAACGGUGAGGCAGAUCGAUUCAUGAAAACAGUAACAAAAGCAAUCCGUACUGCUCAUUCGGAAGGAAAAAGAUGGCAAAGUGAAUUAGAUCUUUUUCUUCUCAACUACAGAUCCACACCUCAUUCUAAGACACACAUUAGUCCAGCUGAACUUUUGCUCAAUCGCUCAAUUAGAAAUAAGCUUCCUAGUUUCUCAUCCCUACAACACAAUGAUGGCCCUGUCGAACACCACGUUGUUCGAGAUAAGGAGGAAAAGGAGAAAAUGAAAGUCCAUGCUGAUAAAAGAAACAACGCGAAAGAAAGUAAGUUGAAAGUUAGUGAUUACGUGCUAAUGCAAGUGCCGAAGGACAAUAAGUUAUCAAUGCCUUUCAAUCCAAAAUCAUUUAAAGUGAUUGAAAUCAAAGGCAACAUGGUAACAGCUCGUAAUACAGAGCGCACCGUAACCCGGAAUGUAUCGUGUUUCAAAUGUCUCACAAAUUACAAGAACGCAAGUGAGGAAGAUCAGAAUGAUGAAGAAGACGAUUUUGACGACGGCAUAGUAGAAAACCAGCAACCAACAAUAGUUGAAGAGCAACAACAAGAUCUACCAGAUCUACAACGAAG